AAAAACCAUUGCGUCUGCAGUGUGUCUGCUCCCCAUCUCAAACUCCACACUGAGGCACAAUGUGCGUGCUGGACGGCUGAAAGCUGGGAUUGUUUACUCUUCUGGAUUUCCUUGGAGCUUUUACGAUGGAAUAAAGCGCAAUUAUGGUGGUGAAUUCUGUGCAUUGGUUUCGCAAAGGGCUGCGGCUUCAUGAUAAUCCGGCUUUGCAGGAAGCUCUAAAUGGCGCGGAUACUGUACGUUGUGUUUAUAUUUUGGACCCGUGGUUUGCAGGCUCGGCUAACGUGGGAGUCAACCGAUGGAGAUUUUUACUGGAAUCUUUAGAGGAUUUGGACACGAGUUUGAGAAAACUGAAUUCGAGACUUUUUGUGGUGCGCGGACAGCCAACAGACGUCUUCCCAAGACUAUUCAAGGAAUGGAAUGUCUCACGUCUCACGUUUGAAUAUGACUCUGAGCCUUAUGGGAAGGAAAGAGAUGCCGCAAUUAUUAAAAUGGCACAGGAAUACGGUGUGGAAACCGUGGUACGAAACACUCACACACUCUACAAUCCAGACAGGAUAAUAGAAAUGAACAACCACAGCCCCCCUCUCACUUUCAAGAGAUUUCAAGCCAUUGUGAACCGACUCGAACUUCCCAGGAAACCGUUGCCGACCAUCACUCAAGAGCAGAUGGCCAGGUGUCGGACACAGAUCUCGGACAAUCAUGACGAACACUACGGCGUGCCCUCUCUCGAGGAGCUGGGUUUUAGAACUCAGGGUGACAGCUUACAUGUAUGGAAGGGUGGGGAGACGGAAGCCCUGGAAAGAUUAAAUAAGCACUUGGAUAGGAAGGCCUGGGUAGCAAAUUUUGAGAGGCCUAGAAUAUCCGGUCAGUCACUGUUCGCAAGCCCAACUGGACUUAGUCCCUACCUACGAUUCGGCUGUCUGUCAUGUCGCGUGUUUUACUACAAUCUGCGGGACCUUUUUAUGAAGUUACGGAGGCGCUCCAGUCCACCCAUGUCGCUCUUUGGUCAGCUGCUGUGGCGGGAGUUUUUCUACACGGCGGGCACCAAUAACCCUAACUUUGACCAUAUGGAAGGAAACCCCAUCUGCGUGCAGAUCCCCUGGGAUCACAAUCCUGAGGCGCUGGCAAAGUGGGCUGAAGGUCGGACGGGGUUCCCUUGGAUCGAUGCCAUCAUGACCCAGCUGAGGCAGGAGGGCUGGAUCCAUCACCUGGCCCGACAUGCAGUAGCCUGUUUUCUCACUCGAGGAGACCUGUGGAUUAGCUGGGAAAGUGGAAUGAAAGUGUUUGAGGAGUUGUUGUUGGAUGCGGACUGGAGUGUGAACGCCGGCAGCUGGAUGUGGCUUUCCUGCAGUGCGUUUUUUCAGCAGUUCUUCCACUGUUACUGUCCAGUUGGCUUCGGCCGCAGGACGGAUCCAAGUGGAGACUACAUCAGGAGGUACAUCCCAAAGUUAAAGGACUAUCCUAACCGCUAUAUCUACGAGCCGUGGAAUGCUCCAGAAUCGGUGCAGAAGGCAGCUAACUGCAUUGUCGGUGUGGACUAUCCUAAACCUAUGAUCAACCAUGCAGAGAGCAGCCGGCUCAACAUCGAACGGAUGAAGCAAGUUUACCAGCAGCUCUCACACUACAGAGGCCUUAGUUUGCUUGCCUCAGUUCCUACUAUUCAGGAAGAGGCAGAGCCUCCCAUGUCAGAUGACUCUCAGGCCAGCAGCAGCUCUGCCGGUCAAGUGUCAUCUCCUCCACACCAGAGCAUCAUCGCACCUUCAACACCACCGCUGUCUGAAUCCUCCAGCCCAAACUCCAGCCCGACGGCAAGCACUUCUGUCCCGCACAUCCAGAGGAAGAGAGGAAGACCAUCAGAGACUCCCAGCAAACAGAAGACUAAAGUCAAGCACACCAGUCAGGCCAAAGGACUCGAGCUGAAGAUGGACGAAAAGCAGUAACCGCAGGUUGAAACUGCAUUUGCAGUCCCAUAACCAAGCGAGUCGGACAAGUUCACCUCCCCGAACCAUCCGACAGACAGAAACGGCAAGAGAGAAGGGUGAAACGGCGCCACCUUUUGCAGAAAAACAGGAACGGCAGUAAUAAAUAAAAAGAAAAGAAAAAAUGCCGCACUUCCAUCAAGGCGUGCUGUAGAUCCAGGGCUUAUUUCCCAAAACAUCCUUCAUUUAAAAAAGCUGCUUUUGUUCUAGUUUGACCUGAUAAAACUAAACACUAUCGUGUAAAGAAACAGAUCUGCAUCAGAUGCAUCGAGAUCUAACAGAAACAGAAUUCUCUGAAAUAAGUGUUCAUCAAAUCUAGCCAAAAUUGAUCUCUGGUUAUCUUAAUAGAAGUGAUGAGGGAACAUUUGAAGAUACAGCGUUGAUUGAGAAUUAUCUUUUUCUUUUUUUUUGUAUGAAGUCUAUAAUUGCUUGCAAGCUACAAGCAACUAGUCUGCACAAGCAAUGAAGAAUUUACCUUCUUCGCUUUACGGUUCGAUAAUUUCUCCUCAUGAAUAUACGCUUUGUGUAUGUAACUCAGACGCAACAUUUCAUCACCAUUGGCUGCACUAAAAGUUUCUCAAGUUAAAGUUAAUGAUUCAGUCAAAAUUAAAAUUGAUGAUUAUUUGCUCACCUUCAGGUUAUUCAUGAUAUGUGACACUUUUUUACUUUUUAUUUUUAAUUGAGUAUUACAUUAAAGAAUAUUUUAGUUGGGAUGCACCAAUACCAUUUUUUUUGGAACCGAUGCGAUCUCGAUACCAAAAUUCUGAGUAUCGACUGAUACAGAUCCGAUCCCGAUAUUGUGCGUUUAAAUUUUUUUUAUAUAUACGAUAAAGUUUCUAUAAUUCUGGUGCUAAACUCAAAUAAAUAAUCUUCUUUUAAAAUAACACACCUAUAAGUCUACUCUAAAUGACAGAUGACCCAAUCUAAAGCAUGAUGCUUUCUGUAAACCUAGGCUACAUUAUUUGAGCAUUCGUUAUGACAUUGAUCUGUUGUGGUCCAGCUUAUAUUUCCUUAUUUAAUAUUAAGAUUUUACUUUGAAAACUGCAAUAGGCUACCACUAUUGACACUUAUCGUUGGUAAAAUAACCAGCCUUUUAACAAGCCUGAUAUUUUCCUGCAGGUUUGACGCAGACUAAACUAAACUGUCUGAGGCCAGGUUUACUUAAUAAUCCCUCGCCAAAGCUCACUGUGAGUGAGACGGAGAAAGUUCAGAAGAACGUCCGCUUGUAUGUUUCAGCGCCAACAGGUCUGUUAAAUAAAAUAUUAUUAUA